CUCAGCUGGGACGGUUUGUCGCUGAGAGCCUCGGGCCAACAUGGACUCUCACCUCCUGCUCCGCCUGAUGCUUCUGACAUCUCUGAGACUCUCAGCAGGCCAGCUACUGGGAUGCUCUCCAAACCAGUGGCUAUGUGAUGAUGGAUCCUGUAUCCCUGAUAAAUGGAAAUGUGAUGGAGAAGGAGACUGUCUGGAUGGAUCUGAUGAAAUGGAUUGUGCUGCGCCUCCCGGCUCCCCUCUGUGUCCACCAGGACAGUUUCCUUGCUUGGACUCUGUCGGCUGCGUGGACGCCUCGGCCCGUUGUGACGGACGGAGCCAGUGUCCCACCGGCUCUGACGAGGAGAACUGCACGGCCGCAGGCGGCUGUCUGGACUCGGACUGGACCUGUCGGAACCGCUUGUGUAUCCCCAAAGAGCAGGGCUGCAACGGGCUGAACGACUGCGUGGACAACUCUGACGAAAAGGACUGCGGUGUGUGUGUUGAGGGCAGCGUGCGGUGUCCUGACGGGACGUGUCUAUCUCCUGAAGAGAGGUGUGACGGACAGCUUCACUGCUCCGAUGGAAGCGAUGAACCUGUAACCUGCGGUCGUAUCUGCUCGAUGAACAACGGCGGCUGUAACCACGCGUGUGUCGACGAGCCCCGGGGCGCUCUGUGUGUCUGUCGGGUCGGAUAUAAGCUCUUAGCCAAUGGAGCGGUCUGUGAAGAUGUGGAUGAAUGUGCGUCACCUUUUUCUCCCUGCAUGCAUCACUGCACCAACACCAUCGGAUCCUACUACUGCCACUGCAGAGAUGGCUUCAGACUGAAUGGAAACUCCACAUGUGUAGCAACAGGUAACGCCACCCGGCUGCUGACCGUGCAGGGGACAUCUAUCGGACUGUUGAACGUGAAGUCUCAACAGUUUGAAGUAGUCGUGACCGAGGGGAUUGACCCAGUGGCCGUGACGUUUGACGUGGCCCGGGGCUGGUACUUCUGGGCCGACGGGCGCGGCAGCAUCUUUAAAAGUGAUGGACGUCGCAGCUGGAAGAUCUACACUGGAGAGCCUGGAAUAAAGAGUCUGGCUUGUGAUUGGCUCAAUGGAAACCUUUACUGGACCAAUCAGAAGAUGGAGGCCAUCUACAUGCAGGCAGCUGAUGGGCACAGUCACAUGACUCUGAUGAGAAAAAACAUCAGCCCGUCAGAUCUGGUGCUUCUACCUGUAGAAAGCUUGAUGUUCUGGAUUAAUGGCGGCCCAGGUGAGCGGGUGACGAUAGAGAAGUCGUGGAUGGAUGGAUCCGAAAGAAACGCUCUGGUGGUCGUCACCGCUCAGUCGGCCCACGGCCUCACUGCCGACGUGGAGGCCAGGAGACUCUACUGGAUCAGCGACUUCAAGAAGUCCAUAGAGACGGUGAAGGUGGACGGGACCGGUCGUUUCUCCUUCAGCGGACUGUUCCCCAGGCGAGUUCCUCUCAGCCUGGCGGUCUUCGAGGGUUUGUUCUACUGGGUGGACGUCAAAGGGCUGUGGCAGGCUCCACAGAACCAUCCCAACCAGAAGAGGUUCCUCUGGAAAGAGGAUCUGCCUCUGUUGACUGUUUUCCAUGAGCUCCAGCAGCCUCAAGGCUCCUCUGCCUGUUUGAAGACUCCGUGUCACCUCUGCCAGUUGACUAAAGGAAACCCAGCCGGAUUCAUCUGCACCUGUCCAGACUUCAAAAUGCUGCUGCCUGAUGGGUCAUGUCAAUAUCCAAGAUUUCUUUACGCCACCAGCACCAACAUCAACCUGUUGGAGUUCAGAGAGAAAGUUUCAUCUGACCAGCUGCUGUUUACCACCGAUGAUGGGAUCCUGUCGUUUGAUGUGGAAUGGUACAGAGACUGGUUGUACUGGGCCAACCACACCGGCCACAUCCAGCGCACCAGUCUGACGCAGGUCAGGACCGAGGUGGUGCCAGCUCCUGUGCCAGUCUGUCAUAUCAAAGUAGACCAGAGGAAGGGGAGUCUUUACUGGGUGUCCUGUGACCAAAAGAGCCUGGGCACCACUGCAGCUGGUGGUGGUCUCCCACAGCAGCUGUACCGCACAGAGGGGAACAUCCGGAAGUUUUAUCUGGACUGGCUGAGAGGUGGCGUCAUCUGGCUGGAGGACGACCGCAUCUUCAGCAUGAGCUCGACGGGAGGCAAAGCCAAAGAGAUGCUGCAGUUGGCUGGAGGAGUCCGAGGGAACAUGGCCUACGACCUCAGGGCCAAUAGUCUGCUGUGGAUCACAGAAAACUCAGGCCUCACAGCCUUGAGUUUGGUGAAGGGGCGGAGCCACCAGGCUGGAAGACGAUGGAACAUUUCCGGCUCGGUUGUCGGCGCCUGCGAGCCCUUCCUGUUGUCGCUCUCUGAUGAUGGCAUGACUCUGUGGGACCGGCGUGACGGGACGCCCCUCCAGAACAUCGCCGUGAGGGGUCAGGUGGUCACAGUCGUCUCUGUACUCGGGGAUGUUCGAACAGUGCCAAGUUCCUCAGCCUGCAGUGAACCAUCCGUGCUGUGCAGACACUCAUCAGUCUGCCUCUCUCAAGCUCAGCUGUGUGACGGUAAACGGGACUGUCCCGAAGGAGACGACGAGGAAUUCUGCGUCACCACAUGUCCAUCUAAAGAGGAUUUCAAGUGCAAGGACCACAGCAGCUGCAUCGCCAGGAAUCUCGCUUGCGACGGUCACGCUCAUUGUCGCGACGGCUCGGACGAAGUCGACUGUCCGACCGCGGCUCCUCCUCCGAGGCGGCCAAAAGUCCUGAAGUGUCGUGUGGGGUGGAAGCUGUGUGAAGACGGCACAGAGUGUGUUUCAUCCAACCACGUGUGCGACGCAGAAGUCGACUGUAAGGACGGAUCGGAUGAGAUUGGAUGUGAAGCAACUCCAACCAGACCUAUCUCCUCAUCCACCACCUCUCCUGCUCCGACUGAGCCACCCUGCAGCAGCCCGUCCAUGCUCUGUCCUUCUGCUCGGCUCUGCAUUUCUCCCAAACAGUUCUGUGACGGCCGUGAAGACUGUCCUGACGGCUUUGAUGAAAAGAACUGUGUGAAAAGAUGCCCUUCAAAGAGUGACUUCCGCUGUAAAGACCGUCGGAGCUGCGUCUCAAAGACUCAGGUCUGUGACGGACGCUCUCACUGUCACGACGGCUCGGACGAGGUCGCCUGUGCGGCCGUAGCUGCUCCUGCUCCUCGUGUGAACGUCCUGAAGUGUCGUGUGGGCUCCAGACUUUGUAGAGACGCGACAGAAUGUGUUCUCUUUACUCACGUGUGUGACGGAGAGAGAGACUGCAGAGACGGAUCAGAUGAGGAACAGUGUGAUGCUGCACACAAUGACGCUAAUGCACAAAAUCCCAAAACUACAUCUCCUGCACCAGUGAUACCAUCGACUGAGCCUCCAACCAAACCACCCUGCACCAGUCCCUCAGUUCUGUGUCCAGGUUCUUCUUUAUGCAUCAAACCAACACAGAUGUGUGAUGGAAAGAGAGACUGUCCUGAUGCAUCUGAUGAGAACUGUGUGAAAAGAUGUCCCUACAAGUCCGACUUCCGCUGUAAAGACCGUCGGAGCUGCGUCUCAAAGAGUCAGGUCUGUGACGGACGCUCUCACUGUCACGACGGCUCGGACGAGUUCGCCUGUGCAGCUGUAACUGCUCCUGCUCCUCGUGUGAACGUCCUGAAGUGUCGUAUGCUGCACACAAUGCCGCUACUACAGAAAAUCCCAAAACUACAUCUCCUGCACCAGUGGUACCAUUGA